GACGCUAAUCUUGUAAUGUGGGUUGUAGCCGGCUAUAUAAGCCAAGAAUCCAUCCACAGGUUCCCAGUUUCUUGCAGGAACUCAAGCAGGAGUGUCUCGCACCGAAGUAGUUCUUCACUGAAAUUUCUUCGGGUCGAGGGAAGAUCUUUCAUCGUAAAGAUGUCUUGGAACCAACCACCUCAGGACACUGUCCUUCCAUCCACCAAUCCUUAUGGGAACUAUACAGUGGUAGACACAGUGCCAGAAAGUAUGCUCCAUAUGGUACAUUCUCACUGGUAUCAGUUCCCUCCCAUGAAUCCCCUCUGGUAUGGACUACUCGGUUUUUGGAUGGUGAUUAUGGGCUCGCUAUCCCUGGCUGGUAACUUCGUAGUCAUCUGGGUAUUCAUGACAACAAAAGCCCUACGAUCACCUGCCAAUCUUUUGGUCGUCAACUUGGCCAUCUCCGACUUCUUCAUGAUGCUUACCAUGACUCCUCCUCUUCUGGUCAAUGCUUAUUGGGGAACAUGGAUUCUCGGCGGAUUCUUCUGUGAGAUCUACGGUUUCCUUGGUUCCUUCUUCGGCUGCGUGUCCAUCUGGUCCAUGGUCUUCAUCACUGCUGACCGAUACAACGUCAUCGUCAAGGGAGUAUCUGCUGAACCUCUCACUUCUGGUGGAGCCAUGUUGAGGAUUGCUGGCACUUGGGGUUUCACUCUUGCCUGGUGCCUUCCUCCCUUCUUUGGAUGGAACCGUUAUGUACCUGAGGGUAACAUGCUUGCAUGUGGUACUGACUACCUGACGGAAACUGAACUCUCUAGGAGUUAUCUGUACAUCUACUCAGUGUGGGUAUAUCUUUUCCCUCUUGCAUAUAUCAUCUACAGUUAUACCUUCAUUGUUAAGGCUGUUGCUGCCCACGAGAAGGGAAUGCGAGAACAAGCCAAGAAGAUGGGAGUAAAGUCCCUGAGAAGCGAGGAAGCCCAAAAGACCUCAGCUGAAUGCCGUCUGUGCAAGGUUGCCCUCAUGACCGUCACCCUGUGGUUCGUGGCAUGGACCCCUUACUUCAUCAUCAACUGGGGAGGAAUGUUCAACAGGCCCAUGGUCACACCUCUUUUCUCCAUCUGGGGUUCCGUCUUCGCCAAGGCCAACGCCGUCUAUAACCCCAUCGUGUACGCCAUCAGUCAUCCUAAGUACCGAGCUGCCCUUGAGAAGAAACUACCUUGCCUUGCCUGUAACACUGAGGGCAAAGACGGUGGUGGCUCUGAUGCUGGAUCCACUGCCACUGCCCAGAGCACAGAGAAGGCUGAGUCUGCCUAAAUACUUACUUUGGAUAUUCAGAUGAUAAAGUGUCUUAAAGGUUUUCUCCCCCAAACUCCUGUUAGUUAGAAUAAACAUUCCCAGCAUCGAA